GUGUGUGUCCAGUUACAAGAAUACUUGGUAUUGCUUUAGACACUCAGUUUUGUGGUAAGUCAGGCGUUGUCAUGUUUUUCAUUAGCCUCACAAGGAAACCAGGUGCUAGUUAGCGAUGUUAAGUCUUAACAAGCGGAAGAGGUAACAAACAGCAGCCACCACUUGGUGUCCAGAAAGAAGUUAGGAGGAAGAGGCAAAUCCCGGAACUUGAAACGGUUGCAAACGAGCUAAGUUAACAUUAGCUAGCUUUUUGUUGACAGUGAGUGUGCUUGCUGUCAACUCAGAACCAGACCCCUUUAACAGUAGCUGUAGUUAACUUGCUAACUAAUUACGGACGUGUACCGGUGACUUCAUUUAGCCGCUUGCCAGACUUGUAUUUGGACGGAAAUUUGAUAGAAGUUUCCGUCACUUUGAACCACUUGUGGAUCUAGAAGAUGGCAUCAAGAGGAGUCUUCACGUCUUCUUCGAUGAAUCCGAAUAUGCACCCCAUGAAUAUUGGGCAUGCUGCGGGCAUGAGGAUCCCAGGCAUGCCCCAACCGUCGGCGGGAUACCCCCGCAACAUGAACAGCUCCCCCCAGUACCCCCAGCGCUCAGGGAUGCCACCCAACAGAGUGGGGGGCCCAAUGGGGUCAAUGGGGGGUCAGCUGCCUGGUCCUUCCUAUGGUGGUGGGAACAUGUCCAUGCGGCCAGGCAUGGGGCCUCCAAGCAUGGACGCCUCGAGGAAGCGGUUCCUUCAGCAGCAUCAACAACAGCAGCAGCAGCAACAGCAAGAUGCACUGGGAGGCCUCAGACGAGGGGCAAAAAGACGUAAGAUGGCCGACAAGGUUCUCCCACAGAGGAUCCGAGACCUGGUCCCAGAGUCCCAGGCCUACAUGGAUCUCUUGGCCUUUGAGAGGAAACUGGAUCAGACCAUCGCCCGAAAGCGCAUGGAGAUUCAGGAAGCCAUCAAGAAGCCCAUUAUGCAAAAACGCAAGCUCAGGAUCUACAUUUCUAACACGUACACACCCAGCAAGCCUGAGGGUGAGGAGGCAGAGAAGGUGUCCUCGUGGGAACUGAGAGUGGAGGGCAAACUUCUGGAGGAACCUGGCAAGCAGAAGAAGAAGUUCUCAUCUUUCUUCAAAAGCCUGGUGAUCGAGCUUGAUAAGGAGCUCUAUGGACCUGACAACCACUUAGUAGAGUGGCAUAGAAUGCCCACCACUCAGGAGACCGACGGUUUCCAGGUCAAAAGGCCUGGCGAUGUGAAUGUUAAAUGCACCCUUCUGCUCAUGCUCGACCACCAGCCCCCUCAGUACAAACUGGACCCGCGGUUGGCUCGUCUGCUGGGUGUGCACACACAGACGCGGGCCAGCAUCAUGCAAGCUCUUUGGCUCUACAUCAAGAACAACAAGCUGCAGGAUAGUCAUGAGAAGGAGUACAUCAACUGCAACCGCUAUUUCAGACAGAUCUUUGCCUGUCCUCGCAUGAGGUUCUCUGAGAUUCCCGUGAAACUGGCCAGCCUGCUGCAACACCCUGACCCCAUCAUUAUCAAUCACAUGAUUAGUGUAGACCCCACAGAUCAGAAGAAGACAGCAUGCUAUGACAUUGAUGUGGAGGUGGAUGAUCCACUGAAAGGCCAAAUGAACAGUUUCCUCUCCUCUACAACCAACCAACAGGAAAUUGCUGCACUGGAGAUGAAGAUUCAUGAGACAAUUGAGUACAUCAACCAGCUGAAGACUGAGAGAGACUUUAUGCUGAGCUUCAGCAACAAUCCACAGGACUUCAUUCAAGACUGGCUCAAGUCUCAAAGCAGAGAUCUGAAGUUGAUGACAGAUGUGACAGGAAACCCAGAGGAGGAGAGGAGGACUGAGUUCUACCAGGCGCCCUGGGUACCGGAGGCAGUAGGAAGAUAUGUUUACUACAGAGUGCAGCAGAGGAGACAAGAGUUGGAGCAGGUGUUGGGUAUCCGACUCACCUAAAGACAUAUUAUGAGGAGUCAGAGCCAACUUACUCAUCAAAUGUUAACAUUUAACUCAAUAGAAAUUGGAAUUUGCUUGGAAAGAAAUAAGCUAAAUGUUCACAAAGCCAUCGUCUCUGACAUGGUAUGAUAAACCAGCAGUGCGAUACAUAUCGUUUCUGUCAUAUAGAUAAUAAUUCUAAAGUUAACAAAGUAAAUGGGACCAAAGUGAUGAUUAACAUGUCCUUAAUAAUAUGUUUGCCUUGCAUCUUUCAUUUUGAGCCUGUUCAAAUAAUCUUGCCUUUUUUUGCAAUAUGUUUUGUUUAUGGUACAAUAUGCUUAAAAUGUUUUAAGCAUUGGUGCUGUUUGGGUGUUUUUCACCAUCACGUUGUGUGCUAUUUUGAAAAAGCGUGUGUGUUUACCUUCAUAUUUAAAAGCCAUAACCUUUAAAAAGGAACAAUACCUGAUGUCUGGUAACAUCUAAAAAAAAAAAAGAAAUUGAGAAGGUGGAAUGGUAGAAUUAAAAUAUAUAUCCAUAUUAUUUCAAACAUAUGUUCAGAAAAUAUGGAUUAUGUUCUACAAGAACAUAGGAAUACUUAAUUUGUCUUAUGACUUAGGAAGUAAUAAGAAGCCAACAAUAAUUUUGAGGUGCUGUUUUUUUAUAUUGGGGAAUAUGUCAUUUGAAAUGAAACCUUUCUUUAUUUUGUAAGAAAGCAGGAUUUCCAGAAAAAAUCUAUUUUCGGGAAGGUUUGAGCUCCUUAUCUGUACAAGGACAAGAGUUCACUGUGUCCAUCUGUAUUUUAGCAGCUUUUUUUGUACUUCUUGAAUGUUUACAUGCUGUUUUCAUUUGUUAUUGGGGGCUUUUCAUUGUUUUAAUGCCAGGAAGAGGAACAGCGGCAAGCUCUUUGGAUUGAAGGGUUCUUCCUGUAAGAUCCAUACCUCCCAAGAAGGUUAACUGGUAUUAAUAAAAUAGGAAUGUAGUUGUAGUGUGCCAAUAAAGCAGUACACCAAAUGGUUGUGUACUGUUUAGUUUCAAAAUGCUAUUUUGUUUUUAGGUUUUGUAUGAGGGUUUCUCCUGAAUUUCUUUAAACAUUCCAUGUUAACCAAUAUCUUCGUGCUAAAAUUAGUUUUGUGAAGAAGGCACUUGUAGGCCCUGUACAAUUAUUUUUGUACAGCCUCUUUGUAAAAUGUUUGCAUGUUGUGUACCAAUCAAAUGCCUUUUACCUUUUAUACAUUUGAGGAUUUUUUUUACAAUAAAUGUACUUACAAAUA